AUGGGAUCGAGGUUGAAAAGACAAUGUCUUACUGUUCUAAUUACUCUGUGGAUUAUUAAACCUCAAACGAAUGCGAUUGAAAAUGCAAGAUUUACUGCAGCCUGGGACAAUUUCACAAAAGACCCUCAGUUGUUACAUGCAGCUUAUUCGAUUACAAUUUUUGAUAAUUCGACAGGAAACAUCACCUUCUCCUUCAAUAAAGACUUGGGCCUUUCACCUGCUUCAACGAUGAAAACGGUUACAGGUGCUGCUGCUCUACAUUAUCUAGGCACAGAUUAUCGCUAUAAGACUAUGUUACAAUAUUCCGGCAAUAUCAACUCGUUUGGCAUUCUCAACGGUUAUAUCUAUAUCGUCGGAAGUGGUGAUCCGAGUUUGGGAAGUUGGCGAUGGAAUGAGACGAAAGGUGAGGUGGUAAUGGAACGCUGGUUGAAUGCGAUUAGAAGUCGAGGGAUCAAAGAAUGUCGAGGUGUUGUUGUGGAUCUGAGUGCAUGGUCAGUUGAAACACAAACAGUACCAGAUGGAUAUCCAUGGGGAGGUUUAGGCAAUUACUAUGCAACGGGUAGUAGUGCAUUGAACUGGCGCGAAAAUCAAUUUCGUAUAAUUCUGUCUCCUGGUUCUUCUGUCGGCGAUCCUGUCACACUUGCUGGUUAUGAAAAUUUACCUCCAUCAGUAACAUUUACAAAUGAAUUGGUGACAGGUUCACCGGGCAGUGGCGAUCUUGCCGACGUUUAUUUGGGUCCUGAUUGUACUCAUGGUUAUCUACGCGGAUCUUUAGGUAUUGAUUCACCACAAAACUUCUCUAUUGGUGGUGCAGUACCCAAUUCAGCAUUGUUUGUGGCCGAUGAGCUUCGUCAGGGAAUGCAAUGGUCAAACUCGAUGCCAAUCAAAAUCAUCUAUCGUAGUGAUGAAGACUUACCAAAAAAUCGAAUAACACUCGACAUACACGUUUCACCACCAAUGAGUGAAAUCGUAUAUUGGUUUGAACAAAUAAGCAUCAAUAUGUAUGGUGAAGUGCUGAUAAAAACAGUUGCCGAGAAGCUAAAUUCGAGUAUCAAUCGUGUCUUACCGACGUACUGUAUGAGUGAACAUGGUAUUGAACAAACAGCAGUAGCGACAAGAGAUGGUUCCGGUUUAUCACCUCAAAACCGCAUAACAACAUGGGCUAUCGUACGUGUUCUACAUAAUGUUCGCGAACGAGCACCAUGGUUUCCGUCAUUUGAACGUGCAUUACCCAUGAUAAAUGGUAUUCGAAUGAAGAGCGGUUUUAUCAGUAACGUUCUUUCCUAUUCCGGUUAUAUUCAUCGCCAAGUCUUUUCAAUUAUAAUAAAUAACUACAACGGUGCAACAAGUGUUAUGCGACAAAAAAUAUGGAAUCUACUCGACACUUUGAAAUAG